AUUUUACUUCACCUCAAGCAUCUCGCUGGCUCAAAGUCUCAAGUGAUGCUGGUUGGUUGUGUCGCGAUCUUGGGAUCAUCUGUGACAACAAACUUGGCUACUAGGUGCAGGCUAAUCGCUGCAAUUGUGACGAGAUUUAGCGAAUUGCCUCGACGUAUGACUAGUCGACUGAACACGAUGGGGAAUCCGGAAGUCCGCCUCUAACCCUCUUUCGUCGUCUGGAUCAUGGAACUCCCUCCCCUCCCUAUGGAAUCGAAGGUUUGAAGUGGCCGAUGUCGUGCGACGAGAUCCUUGGAAGAGAAAAGGGCUAUCGGAUCGGACUUGGGUGGGUUUGGCGGGGCGAACUUUGUAGCGAGGAAGUGAACCAGUCCACCAACCAGUUACGGCGCGCAGGCUUCGGUCAGUCCUUUCAAUCCUGAGUCAUGGAAUCAUUAAAGAUAUCGUUCCAGCUGUCUGCUGUCUGUGCGGCACACCGCGUUAAUCUUGACAACUCAAAAGCUUUUUCAUUAAGGCUUCAGUUGGUGAAAGUUGCUGGAAGUGCUCCCAUGACCGACCCAAUAACCAGACUGGCCCCAAUCACACAUUCAAGCUGUCAUCAAAUCGGUUCUCCAAGACGACGAAUUGUCGACGAUGGCCGCCAGCGUGUUCCAUUCGCUCUUUUCUUGGCCUUUCUACUUGAAGAUCGAGGGUAUCAUCGAACAACCCCAGAAAUGCCUUUGAUUCUUCAGUUUUCCAUGCGAUACGAUGCUUUCCGUUUCUGGGACGAUCACGCUUUUGGACUCCGUCCUUGGCUUCACUUUGUCUCUGAUGGCGAUCCUCUUCCCUCUUCACCAGAACGAGGGCUUCUAUCACCUACUGCCGACUCUUUACGUGCUGAUACCGCGGGUAU